AUGAAGCUGAUUCGUCCAUGCCAGAGGAUUCUCAUCCUCUCUCUUCUCUAUGUUACCGUUUUCGCUCCCAUCAUUUUUUUCUCCCACAGGCUCAAACAUAUCUCUCAUAUUGGAGGGGAAGAAUUGGUUGAGGACUUAUCGAAUAUUAAAUAUAAGGCAGAUGCUGCUUCGUGGCUUAAUGCAGUCGAGCAGGAAUCGGGCGAAGACUUGAAAGAGCCAAAACAAGUUGUUUAUGAAGAUAGGUACUUGGGUUCUGGCGCAAAUUAUGGUUCUAUUGAGGAUCCCGAUAGUCAGGUUUCUGGAAAUGCUGGAGACCGGACUACCCUAUUGGAAAGAAAAGAAGCUAAAAAAUUUCAGCAGAACAAAGCGUCAACCACAGAGGUUCAAAAGGAGCAUUCUAAUCAAACUACGGUUGAACAUGAUCAAAAUGCAUCCUCUCGAUAUCGGAGAAUGAUCAGUAAGGAGAUUAAAGAGAUGAAAGAUGGGCAAUCUAAUCAAACAAGAGUCUGGCAUGAUCAUAACAUACAAUCUCAGUCACGGAAAGGGAUGAAUGAGAUGGUAACAGAGAUGAGAGAUCAAGUGAUUAGAGCCAAAGCAUACUUGAAUUUUGCACCACCAGGCACCAACUCCCACUUAGUUAAAGAAUUGAAACAGCGGAUUAGAGAGGUGGAACGAGCAGUUGGUCAAGCGACCAAGGAUUCAAAAUUUUCGAGGAGUUCUUUGCAGAAAAUGAGAUACAUGGAGGCUUCAUUAUCGAAAGCUAGCCAUGUUUUCCCCGACUGUGCUGCUAUGGUGACUAAACUCCGUGCUAUGACUCUAAAUGCUGAAGAGCUGGUUCAGUCUCAGAAGAAUCAAGCGACGUAUCUUAUUCACCUGGCUGCAAGGACAACUCCAAAAGGCCUUCAUUGCCUCUCUAUGCGGCUGACUGCGGAAUACUUUGCCCUGCAGCCUGAGGAGAGGCAGUUCCCCAACCAAAAACGGUUGCAAGAUACAGAGCUACAUCAUUAUGCUGUUUUCUCUGACAAUGUUCUGGCUUGUGCAGUUGUUGUGAACUCCACUAUCUCCACUGCCAUGGAAUCGGAGAAAAUUGUUUUCCAUGUGGUUACUGAUUCUCUCAAUCUCCCAGCAAUCUCGAUGUGGUUCUUAUUGAAUCCUCCUGGCAAAGCCACUAUCCAGAUCCAGAGCAUGAAUGAUUUUGAAUGGUUCUCCACCAAGUAUCAUAUGACAUUGACGAAGCAAAGUGCUAGUGACCCAAGAUAUACUUCUGAACUGAACCACCUCCGUUUCUAUCUUCCAGAUGUCUUUCCAGCACUGCAUAAGAUUGUGCUUUUCGACCAUGAUGUGGUGGUGCAAAGGGAUCUAACUGAACUAUGGAGUGUUGAUAUGAAGGGUAAGGUAAAUGGAGCAGUUGAAACUUGUCAUGUAAGUGAAGCUCUACUCCGUCGGAUGGAUAUGCUCAUCAAUUUUUCAGAUCCACUUGUUGCAAAGAGGUUUUAUGUCAAUGCAUGUACAUGGGCAUUUGGGAUGAAUUUGUUUGAUCUACGAGAAUGGAGACGACAAAAUUUAACUGCUGUCUACCAUAAAUACUUGAAAUUGGGUUAUAAGAGGCCAUUGUGGAAGGCUGGGAGUCUGCCCUUAGGUUGGAUUACUUUCUAUAAUAAGACAAUGGCUUUGGACAGGCGAUGGCAUGUCUUAGGGCUGGGUUAUGACUCAGCUGUCAGACGAGGUGACAUCGAGCAGGCAGCAGUGAUACACUACGAUGGAGUUAUGAAGCCAUGGUUGGACAUUGCGAUUGGGAGGUAUAAGGGUUAUUGGAGCCAAUAUUUACAGUAUGAUCAGCCUUAUUUGCAACAGUGCAAUAUCCAUGCCUAGGCAAAAUACUACACAUGACUGGUGGUAUACACUGACUCAUGCCCACAUAAUUAGUUGCUUCUUGUUCUAGAAUCUAUACUAGUUCCCUCUAUUCUUUCUUUUUCUUAUAGAAAUUCUUCUUGUAAAGUUAAGCUCAAUUAUUUGCCAAAAUUUUCGGGCCGCCGUCUUCUAGAAGUUAUGAAUCAAUUAAUAGCAAUAUCUGGAAUGAAAUAAGAGUCCCUUCUUGUAGUUGAGAUACUCCACUUAUGGUUACUUCUUGCAUGUACAUAAUUGAGAAUCUCCACUUGAUUCCAUGCAAGCACCUUACACUUCCAAUACACAGAUUUGCUUUUGUAUCUUUUCAUUUAUUCAGUAAUUAUGCAUCCUCCAUACAAGCUUAAUGAAUGCUCUUUCUGCCUUUGAGAACAAGUUCACUCGUCGGUUAAA